ACAACCAGGCCCAAGCAAAAGCCCCACACUGAUUCAUCCCGCAACUCAAACCUUCCCACGCCACGUCCCAAACUCGCUCAAUCACCCCCAUCUCAUUUCUCGAGACCCUCAAACCAAAUAACUAACUAGCGGGAAUCCGUUACUGUAUUCCCCACCCACCUAUACACACACCCCCAAGCAAUCUUAUUAUUCUCGAUUCUCUCAACACUUUUGGACACACACAGUUUCGUUCUCUACAAGAAACGCAGCUUCGAGCUGCGAUCAUCAAUCUCAUCAAUGGAUGAUGAUGUGUUGAAGCGAGUUUUACAGGAAGGCGGGAGAGAUUACUACGAGCAACAGCCGUCCACGUCGUCGUCCUCGUCGAUUCUUCAAUCGCUGCCUCUUCAUGUGCCGUUUGACCGUGGAAACUAUUUGUUAGUAAAAUCAAUACAAGAAUUAAGAUCAAAGAAAGAUGGUCUUGUGACUGUUGGCAUAGGCGGCCCUAGUGGGUCAGGUAAAACAAGCUUAGCGGAGAAAGUGGCAUCAGUUAUUCGUUGUACAGUUAUAUCAAUGGAGCACUAUCGCAUUGUAGUUGAUGAUGGAAACGACUUGAAUCCAAUAGACUUUGACCUUCUUGUGCAGAAUCUUGAGGAUCUGAUAAGAGGCAAAGAUGCCCUGACUCCAGUGUUUGAUUUCCAAGAAAAAAGGAGAAUUGGAUCUAAAGUCAUAAAGAAUGCUUCUGCUGGAGUGGUGAUAGUUGAUGGUACAUAUGCUUUGCAUGCGAGAUUGCGUUCUCUGCUUGAUAUACGAGUUGCAGUGGUUGGCGGUGUACACUUUAGUCUGCUUUCGAAGGUAAAAUAUGAUAUCGGGGAAUCUUGUUCAUUAGACUACCUGAUUGAUAGCAUCUUCCCAUUGUUUAGAAAACACAUCGAGCCAGAUCUUCAUCAUGCACAGAUCAGGAUUAAUAACAGUUUUGUUUCUUCGUUUAGAGAGCCAAUCUACAAGCUGAAGUGUAAAAGCGAGUCAAAAAGUGGACUUUCAGCUUAUGCAUUUCAUGGAAAGGAACCAAUACCUGAGAAUUUUAUCGAGAUGUACCUAAGGCCUCCAUCUGCAAGUGAGGAAGCACAUAUAAAUGAUUGGAUUAAAGUCCGACAAUCUGGUAUUAAGUACUAUCUUUCACUGGGUGAUCAAAGGAUAGUUGACAAAAAUUAUAUCAUCCGGCCCAAAGCUGAAUUCGAGGUUGGACGGAUGACUCUUGGUGGAUUAUUGGCUUUGGGCUACACUGUUGUAGUUAGUUAUAAGCGGUCAUCCACAUCAGUUAGUGAUGGAAACCUUUCAAUGUCACUUGAAAGUAUUGAUACUCUUGGUGAGACAUAUAUGGUGCUUCGUGGUACAAAUAGGAAAACGGUUGGAGCUGAGGCAUCAAGGAUGGGUAUCAAUGGACCAUGGAUCACAAAAUCUUAUCUUGAAAUGAUCCUUGAAAGAAAAGGUGUACCACGUGUUAAUACACCACCACCAUUAUCUAGUAGAUCUGUGACCACGACUGAAGGAGGCUUGAUUGCUGCACCAAAGCCUCUCCGCAUUCCACCAAACAUUGUCAAUCCUCUUGAUGAAAUGUCGCAGCCAUGGACUCGUUCUCCUACCAAGUCAAAAAUGGAACCUGUACUAGCCACUUGGCAGUUUAUUUCAUCGGAUCAUCCAGUUUCUGGUGGACCUGCAAUUGAUCCUUCUUCCAGGGAUACCCUGCAGCUCGCACCAAUGCCUGAUUCAUAUGAUCUGGAUAGGGGAUUGCUUCUUGCUGUUCAAGCGAUACAAGCUUUGUUGGAGACCAAAGGUCACCCUGUCAUAGUUGGUAUUGGAGGUCCAAGUGGGUCUGGGAAAACUAGUCUGGCUCGUAAGAUGGCGAAUAUUGUUGGUUGUGAAGUUGUUUCUCUGGAAAGCUAUCAUAGAUCUGAACAAGUGAAGGACUUUAAAAAUGAUGAUUUUAGCUCACUUGAUCUUGCUUUGCUGUCUAAGAAUAUUGACGACAUGAGAAAUUUUCGGAAAACAAAAGUACCUGUCUUUGAUUUGGAGACUGGUGCUCGCAGUGGCUUAAAAGAGCUUGAAGUUUCAGAAGAUUGUGGAGUGGUGAUAUUUGAAGGUGUUUAUGCAUUGCACCCAGAUAUCCGAGAAUCGCUAGACUUAUGGAUUGCUGUUGUUGGAGGUGUUCAUUCACAUCUUAUCUCUCGAGUUCAAAGAGACAAAAGUAGGGCCGGAAGCUUUAUGUCACAGACUGAAAUCAUGACAACAGUGUUUCCCAUGUUCCAGCAGCACAUUGAACCACAUCUGGUUCAUGCACAUCUCAAAAUAAGGAAUGACUUUGAUCCUGUGCUAUCUCCUGAGAGCUCAUUAUUUGUAUUGAAAAGUAACAAGGAAGUGGCUUAUCAAGAUAUAUUAAAGAUCCUUGAUCCUACAAAGAUUUGCAGUUCCGUUCAAAAUUUCAUUGAUAUAUAUUUGAGGCUUUCCGGAAUACCUUCUAAUAGCCAAUUAGCCGAGAGUGAUUGCAUUCGGGUUAGAAUUUGCGAGGGAAGAUUUGCAUUGCUGAUACGCGAGCCUAUUAGAGAAGGGAAUUUCAUUAUUCAGCCAAAAGUGGAUUUUGAUAUUAGCACCAGUACAGUUGCUGGCCUUCUUAAUCUUGGGUAUCAAGCUGUAGCAUAUAUUGAAGCAUCAGCAUACAUCUAUCAAGAUGGAAAGAUUCUUAUUGAGGUCGAUCACCUGCAAGAUGUCCCGAGUCCCUACCUGCAGAUCAAAGGGGUUAAUAGAGAGAUUGUGGUAGCUGCUGGUUUAAAACUAAAGCUGGAGGGUUCAUAUACCACAAAGAGUUAUCUGCAAAUUAUUAUGGAGAGAUUACCGGUACUUGAAAGAAGUGCAAGUGGCAUCCGUAGCCAGCAGGCCGGAAGGUUGCAAGAAUUAGUUGAUUUUAUACAAACUCAGGGAAGCAGUACAGCUUCAGAAUCUUCACCGAGUCGGGAAGCUUCCCCAUUGGAAGGCAUUAUUGAUGACAUGCAGACAAGAAUCAAAAGAUUGGAGCGGUGGCAAGCAAUUAAUACGGUGCUUUGGACUUUUCUAAUGUCAGCAUUCGUUGGCUAUUCUCUCUAUCAGCGAAGGCAUCAGUGAUUUCUGUUUACAGUUAGCUAAAGAAAUUUUUUAACACGAUGACGACGACUUUUUCUUUUACAUUGACAACGUUUGCCACAGGAAGCCUCGGCGGAAUCUGACAACCCUAUACAGUUAGUUGACACUAAAGUUGCAGAAAUUAAAAAUUAGUGCUUCUCUGUAAUUUUUUGCCACAUGUUCACGUGUUCCGCACAGAUAUUUGGACAUGAAAUUAUAUUAGAAUUUCCAUAUUCACAUUCA